UCAAUCGCUCGUCGGUCGUCGUUGGCGCUACAUCCAAAGUACGGAUUGCGACGCCCUUCGCUCCAACGUUUUUUGCACGAGUUUUUUCCAUACGUAUUUGUUCAUUGACAAAAACUCAAGCUGCGCUCUGUGCGUGCGAGUGUGUGCCGCGUGUGUGUGAGUGUGCAUGAGCGGCCGCCUGUGUGAGUGCGGUGCUUUGUGUGCAGAAUAAUUUUUGCAAACAUUAUGUAAAUGCGCAAAUUAAAGUUCAAUCGACGCCAGUUUUCGAGUAGGAAACCAGAUCGCCUUGCUUUAAGUGCCACGGAGCAACAGUUUUUUCGUAUUUUUUUGGGGAACAAACACCCUAGCGCUCCCCCACACGCCCACAAACUCACAGGAUCUCCGGCGAUCCACCGGAUACACCUCUGCCGCGUAACGAUCUGAACGAAAAUGGCCACGACGGCGGCCGCAAUGGCUGCCACGAGUGUUGUUGUGCUAGAUCGGGGUAACAACACUACCUGUACCAUCAACUUGCACGGUGCCACAGUCGUGUCCUGGCGGGUAAACAAUCAGGAGCAGUUGUUUGUCAGCAAACUGGCCUCGUUCGAUGGCAAGAAGGCGAUACGUGGCGGGAUUCCCUUUGUCUUCCCUCAGUUUGGUGCCUGGUCCUUCGGACCCCAACAUGGAUUUGCGAGGAUUACGAGGUGGCAUCUGGAGAGACCGCCAGACAGGCUGCACAAUGGCGAUGUGGAGGCCAUAUUCUCGCUGAUGGACAACGACUUCACGCGGUCCAUCUGGAACUAUCAGUUCCGCAUCACCUACCGGCUGAUCCUGCGCGAAAAGGAGCUGCACUUCCACAUCGGCGUCUACAAUCCCAGCAAGGAGCUGAGCUUCACGUUCAACAUGCUGCUGCACACCUACCUAAAGGUGCCCGACGUGCGCCGGUGUCAGAUCACGGGUCUCCAGGGCUGCCACUUCAUCGAUAAGACGCGCGAGAACGCGCUCUACCAGGAGGGACGCGAGGUGGUCACGGUCAACGAGUGGACCGAUAGGAUCUACCAGCACACGCCACAGGAGCACGUCAUAACGAACGUGGUGUCCGGCCGUAAGAUGAGACUGCACAAGUACAAUUUUCCCGACACGGUCAUCUGGAAUCCUUGGAUCGACCGAUCGCGCGAGAUGAGCGACUUCGGGGACGACGAGUUCCCCAACAUGCUGUGCGUGGAGGCGGGCAACGUGACCUCGCCCGUAAUCCUGCUGCCCGGUACCGCCUUCGAGGCCAGCCAGAUCCUUCAGACCUCCUCCCCGCUCCCAGCAAUUCAAGUGUCCCUAUACUAUAGACUCAUCCAACUGGAUGAGAAGCAAUCUAACCGACUUCAUUCAAUUCGACUAGCGUCACCCUUUCCAUCUCCAUACUCCAAUUCAAAUGUCUUUACUUUGCAUGCCAUCAGAUCAUCAUCGAGGGCAAUGUUAGUCGCAAGACCAAGCGGAAUCGCUAGCGUUUAAAGAAUCGGAACCCCACGAGGUAAACCGAUUCGCAACCAUGUCAAAGCGCACUUUUCCACAGAGAUCCGGGGAUCCAGAGAUCCGCAGAUGAGCCCGCAAGAUGGUGAUCCGCGUCAGAAGGAGGAGACGGAGGAUCAGGAUGAGGAGGAGGAGGAGGGAGAGUACAGUAACUGUUUGGUUGUUCCCGACUCUAAUCUAUUUCCUAAGUAAUCUUACAACCCUCUCUAGCAAUAUGUGUUGUGCCAGGAAUGAUAAAGGAAUGUACACCUAAUAACUUCUUCUACCAUCCUUAGUUUGUGCCUACUUGGAAUCGGUCGACGAGCAGAUUCGACAUUCCUAGCCAGCCUAAAAUAAAAUGUGCAUUGUAGUAACUUAAUCAGGUUUUAUGGAGCAGGAAGUGACGGUCCCGGAAACUUAGUAUCUCUUGCCAAACUUAUAACGAGCCCUUUGGAAGUAGCCCUACUUCUUUGUCACUGUAAAAGUUGUCUUCGUUCAUUGUGAUGACCUCACUUUUGCUUCGAAAACCUACUUAAUCAGCGAAAAUAGACGAACUAAACUAAUGAGCAAUGGGCACCACUUGCUCUGGUCAGCACCCAUAUGAUAAACGUGUAUACGAUUGAAUAUAGACAACUUCACAACGUUUUAAACCUAAUAUGUGUAAAAUACUAAAAGCAAUUAUGUGUACCAAUUAAAUUAAUAAUCUGCAAGUAAAUGUAAUUGUUACUAAGAAAUAAAA